AUGUUCACAUCCAAGGAAAGAGAAGGCGCAUCGUCGCCAGGGCCUGGCGCCUACUAUUCCCCGUCUCAAAUGAAGAGCUACCUACAAGACCUCCGCACUAAUCGCCCUGCCCGCCCGACUGGAGCCCGUCCAGCGCCUGCGCAUUUCAACACAUGGUCGAACCGAUCCGCCAACCGCAUGUCUGACUCGGCCGCCGUGGCCGCCUUGCAGCGCGCCUUUACAGACCCCGCUGCCGAUGCCGAUGCCCGUCCGUCUUCCUCGCAUGAGCCAAAGUCGCAUAGCCGGACAAUAUCGAGGCCUAGCUUGGAGAAGGUCGUGGGAGGCGCUGGACGCCCGCUUGUGCAGGCACCACGAGGACGACAGCAAGAAACAACAUCUUCUUCGCACGCGCGGACGGCGAGCAUGAUAUACCGAGAAAGGGAGCAGCGGCAGGCGGAGCAGGACGAAGCCCGGGCUAUCCGCGCAGCCAUGGAGGAUUUGGAGCUUGCGCAGGAGGGAAAGAUAUACGAGGCAGCACGAGAUGAAGCUGCCGAGCUCGUGUGGAAACACCGCAAUCCAAACGCAGCAGAGAACAACCCGCACGCACCCUACUCCUAUCCGGGACUGGCCAGAAAAGGCAGCACGCAAAGGAGUCGUAGUGUCGAGGGCAAGGACCAGGAUCUGCAGCGAGCCAACUCCAAGCUACGAAAGCGCCAUUCCAUGGGCAGCACUGCCUCAGGCAGCAGGAGCAGCAGCUUACAAAGCAACGGGCCAGGAGGCAACGCAGAUGGGUCUGGAAAUGGAAUCUCAAGCUCUUCGCCCACCAAGGCGAGCUUUGACAUCAAGCACAAAAAGGGCGAGUCACCUGCACUGGCCAAGGCCAUUUCGGAUCUGCCAGACUACAAGCAUCGGCGGCGAAGCAGUGGUGCACGCCGCACUGCCAGUGGAAGCCUUUUCCAGAACCCCAACGACCAAAUCUACGAAGAGCCCGAAGAAGACGCCCCCCCUGCGCCUGCCCCUACACCCGCCGCCGCCGAACCAUCCAAGCCCGAGAAGCUCCCGUUGGGAGUACGACGCAACCCCUUUAUGCGUUUCCAGUCAAUUAAGAGCAAUCCGCUGGUGCGCUCGAGCACCGAUCCGACUGCAACCACGAAGCGGUUUGAUCGAUAUGAGAUUCAAAAGAACCCUCCCACGCAGUCGCGGAACGCAGGCUACACGCUGAACCCUACGGGAGCCAAGUCAGCUGAGAAUGCAAAGGCAGAUGCAGAAAACGUACCCGAGGUGAAGAUGAAGGAUGGCAAGGAGAUUAGGAGUGAAGAGCUGCGUGCUGCUACUGGAUUUCGCCUCAAGGAUCGCAGUGCAAAGCUUCCUACGCCCACCGCCGUCUCCGAUGCUCCAGGGCGACCAAUCGUGUCUUUCAAGAAGGACUGGAAUGUUGUAGAGCUCAAAGAAGUCAUUUCUGCUGUGCCUGACGCGCCGCGUGCUUCCGACCAGACGAAGUCUGGCGCGGCAGCCCCUGACAGUCCUACCACAAACCUGGCACCAGAUGUGCACAAGCGAAAUACCACAUCAAGGCCCCCUUCCAUCCCUGAGAUUAAUGUGCCUGAGCCUAUAAGUGGCCUAGCGCCUGAAGUACCCAAGCGGAGUACUACUCCCAGGCCACCUGAGGUCCCGGCAACCAAUAGGCCUUCGACGCGAAGUGGCAAUGCCGAGAGGCCUGCAGACCCUCCAGUGUCUGCGAGACCCCUUCCACUCACCAGUUCGCUGAGGAACGCCAAGAUCCCAACGCGUCCUUCUGCUGCACCUAUACCUACGAUAAACGCACCUGAUGCUGCCCCUGCACGUUCCAGGACCACACCAGCACCAUCUAUUUCAGUCUCGGAGACGCCGUCGAACUCCUUCAACGCGUCCUCUGGUCGAGGCUACCAAAGGCCUUUGCCAAGUAAUGCUCCACCGAUCCCAAGCAUAUCGGUGAAUGAAACUCCGGCGCCGAAUAGAGCAUCAAGAGGUAAUGCCGCGCCUAUCCCCAGCAUUUCAGUGAGCGAAACGUCUGCACCGAGAAGGGGAUCAGCUGCGCCCGCAAUCAACGUGACCCCCGAUGUCCCUACGAUUUCUGUGAACGAGUCUCCAACCCGAGGACGACACAGCAAUGUGCCAUCAAUCUCAGUCAAUUCUUCGGUGCCCUCAAUCAACGUGAAUGCAUCCAAGGGCUUUGGGCCUGUUGCUUCUACACGGCCUCUGCCGGUACCGAAUGCGCAGAACAAGUCUCAUGGCUACAACAGCACCGGCUCGCCACGUACCCACUGGACACCAACCACUGUCCGUACAGGCGCUCUCUGCACUCAAUGUGCCCUGCCCAUUGCGGGUCGUAUUGUCUCGGCAGCAGGCUCUCGCUUCCAUCCCGAAUGCUUCUGUUGUUACCAGUGCGGUGAGCACCUCGAGUGUGUAGCCUUCUACCCAGAGCCCUCCAACAAGCAUGCCGAGCGUGUGCAGCGUAUUCGUGCCCGUCUCUUGGGUGUCGACAUCCCAUUCCUCCCCUCUCAUCCCACGGCCGAGGACAUGGCUCGUCUUGAGCAUGAAGACGGGACCGACGAGUCCGCGCGCUUCUACUGCCACCUGGAUUUCCACGAACUCUUUUCUCCACGCUGCAAGAGCUGCAAGACGCCCAUUGAAGGCGAGGUGAUUGUCGCCUGCGGCGCAGAAUGGCACGCCGGCCACUUUUUCUGUGCCCAGUGCGGCGAUCCAUUCGACAGCACCACGCCGUUUGUAGAAAAAGACGGCUACGCCUGGUGUGUCAAUUGCCACACGCAUCGCUACAGUACAAAGUGCAAGGGAUGUCGCAAGCCAGUCACCGACACGGUUGUCAAGGCCCUUGGCUCCGAGUGGCAUGUGGGCUGUUUUGUCUGUGUGAUCUGCUCCGGUCCCUUUGAAGAUGGAAGGUACUUUCUCCGCGGCGACACCCAAGACCCCGUCUGCGUGCGCUGCGAAGAACGAAGACUCAAGGCCUAACUACCUUGUUUUUGGUGUGUGAUUGUGCACAAUAGUAAUACAGGAGGAGGUGGGCAGGGGCGGGGGGGAAAGGCGUAAGGGCUCUCUCUCUUUCUCUCGAUUUAGAUAAUAGCUCUCUUUUGCCUUUUCUUCAUCAUCAUCAUCUUGGUUGUCG